CAGACAGGGGAUGAAGUUGAUAAAGGAUGUUUACACGAGGAGAAUAACGUCAAGAGAGAAGUACAAUGACUUCCUUGAGACAGCAUUAGAAGAGUUAGAGAAAGAAGGAAGCUCAGUGAACGAAGAUGUGGUUGUAAGCCUCAUCUUCACUCUUUCCGGUAUCACUCAAGAUACGUACCACCUCUAAGGCCAUUUGCAUGGUUGUGAAAUUCAUAUCGGAAAACCCGAAAGUUCUUGUAGAGUUGAAGAGAGAGCAUGAGGCAAUCCUUGCGAACAGAGAAGAUAAAGAAGGCGGAGUUACUUGGGAAGAAUUCAGACACAAGAUGACUUUCACCAACAUGGUUAUACAUGAGUCGCUUCGAAUGACAAAUUUGGCCCCUAUGAUGUUUAGAAAAGUGGUGAAAGAUGUGGAAAUAAAAGGAUAUACGAUUCCAGCAGGUUGGAUAGUGAUGGUUAUACCUUCGGUGGUUCAUUUUGAUCCUGAAAUCUAUGAUAAUCCAUUUGAGUUUAAUCCGUGGAGAUGGGAGGGGAAGGAGUUGCGGUCUGGGUCUAAAACGUUCAUGGUGUUUGGAGCAGGAGCCAGACAGUGCGCUGGUUCAGAGUAUGCAAGGCUUCAGAUUUCACUGUUCAUUCAUCAUCUUGUCACCACUUACGAUUUCUCCUUAUCCAAAGACUGCGAGGUGAUUCGGGUACCAGGUGCUCUCUUCCCCAAUGACAUCUCUAUGAACAUCUCCAAGCGUUCCAAGUGA